UCACAACAGCUUAUUGUGAAUAAUGAAUUCGUCGUAUAUUUUCCAUUGAAAAUUCCCAUUUUCUUUUCCACUUCAAUAUUUUUCCCUCUCUCUAACAGCGACGAUCGAUUUUUAUUAAUUUUCUUUGCCGUCGGAUCUUUGGUUUUCCAUUUUGAUUCAAUCAGGAUUGCUUCGUUUUGAACCCAGGCGACGAUGAAGAAGGCUAUCGGUCAAACUGUUAGAGAGCUUAAGAGAGAGGUUAAUAAGAAAGUUCUCAAAGUUCCUGGAAUAGAGCAGAAGGUUCUUGAUGCUACCAGUAAUGAGCCAUGGGGUCCUCAUGGAUCACUUCUUGCAGAUAUUGCAAUGGCUACAAGAAACUAUCAUGAGUAUCAGAUGAUCAUGACAGUGAUCUGGAAACGUCUAAGUGACACUGGAAAGAAUUGGCGUCAUGUCUACAAGGCUCUGACUGUUCUGGAGUACCUUGUUGGUCAUGGAUCGGAGCGUGUCAUAGAUGACAUAAGAGAACAUGCUUAUCAAAUAUCGGCUUUGUCCAAUUUUCAGUACAUUGAUUCCAGUGGAAGGGACCAAGGUAACAAUGUCCGAAAGAAAUCUCAGAGCCUUGUGGCCCUAGUUAAUGAUAAAGAAAGAAUAAUUGAAGUAAGACAAAAGGCUGCAGCUAACAGGGACAAAUUUAGGAACACAUCAACAGGUGGAAUGUAUAGGCCGGGUUCAGGGGGAUAUGGAGACAAAUAUGAUUAUGAUCGUUAUGGAAACAAGGAUUAUGAUGAUCAAAAUGGUUAUGGAAGAGACCGGGAAUAUGGCUAUAGAGAUGAUGAUCGGUAUGGCAGAUAUGGGGAUUCAAACAGUCGUGAUGGAGAUCGUUAUGGCAGAGAUUAUGAAGACCGCUACGGCAGAGAUGGUGACAGGGAUGAUGACUACCGAGGUAGAAGUAGAAGUGUUGAUGAUUAUCAAUAUGGCACAAGAUCUAGGAGCUCUGAUAGAGACCGUGCUUUUGAUGAGGAUGGUGCUUCUUCUCGGGGCAGUGGUGAUAGAGCUGAUGAUCACUCUCAAGAUGGAAGGCGGCAUGAGCGGAAACAAUCUGAACAAAAUAUUGGUGCUCCUCCUAGUUAUGAAGAAGCAGUAACUGAGACUCAGAGUCCUGUCCGUAGCGAAAGGGUUGGCCAAACUUCUGUAGCAGCUGCUCCUCCUCCUCCUCCUACCAAUAAUCCUAACCAAGCAGCCUCUGAUCUUAGUAACUCAGCUUCUCCUCCAAAUCAACAAGCAGAGGCUUUUGAUGAAUUUGAUCCCCGUGGUUCAUUUUCAGCUGCCCCAACUCCUGCUCCUGCUCCUGCUGCUGUUCCCACUGCCACAGCUGUCCCUGCUACUGCUGUUCCCACUGCUUCGACUAAUGCUGAAAUAGACUUGCUGGAUGCUCUUUCAGAUUCAUUUGCCAUUGUGCCAGUUACACCUGAAAUCCCUGCUACUGAGGUUGAUGCCCCUGCAAACUCUGGUGCUAUGCCCACCUUUGCUGCUAAUCAGCCGGCAUCUAAUUUUGGAAAUCAGGGUUUUGAUGAUCCAUUUGGUGAUAAUCCUUUUAAAGCUGUCGCUUCAACUGACUCUGCCCCAGCUGUACAACAAAUUUCCACUUCCAUGCCUACUUUCCAGCCUGCUACAAACCAAAAUGAUGUAGCUCCUCAGCCACCUUCUGCAAGUUCCGAGACUGUCACAAAUUUUGACUUUGGGAACUCAUUCUCUGCAAAUGCUUACUCUGCACCCAAUAGCACAAACUCCCAGUUUCUUCCUCAAGAAAUGUCAACUCAAAAUCAGGGAAGUGCUUAUAGCCAAACAACACAGCCAGGUAUCUAUGGUCAACAGGCACAAUCAAGUGCUAAUAUGUACAGCCAACCGACACAGCCAAGUGCUAAUCCAUACGGCCAACCUGCACAGCCUGGUGCUAACGCAUAUGACCAAGUUGGACAACCUAGUUCUAAUGCAUAUAGCCAAUCUGUGCAGCCGAGUGUUAACCUUUAUAGCCAACCGCCACAGCUGGGUGCUAAUCCCUACAGCCAACCUGCACAGUUUAACUCUGGGAACCUCUCACGGCAGGGUUCUCUUGUUCCAGUUUCUUCACAGGGUGCUCACCAGAUCACAAAUUCACCCGCUGUACAAAAUAAUAAUGAUUUCCUAAGUGGCUUAAUUUCAGAACCAGGGUCAAAGCCAGCACAGACAGUCACUCCCACAUCAACAGGAGCACUUGCUAUAGUUCCACAACCCUCAAAGGAUAAAUUUGAGCUUAAGUCGGCGGUUUGGGCUGAUACAUUAAGCAGAGGAUUGGUGAAUUUGAACAUAUCUGGACCUAAAACAAAUCCGUUGGCUGAUAUUGGAGUCGACUUCGAUGCUCUUAAUCGGAAGGAAAAAAGGAUGGAAAAACCUGCCCCAAAUGCAGUGACAUCUACAGUUACAAUGGGUAAAGCAAUGGGAUCUGGGUCUGGGAUUGGUCGUUCUGGUGCUACCACUCUUAGACCUCCCGCAAAUCCUAUGAUGGGUUCUAGUAUGGGUAGCAUGGGCAUGGGCAUGGGCAUGGGAAUGGGUGGUGGACCUGUUGGAGGCAUGGGAAUGGGAGGAGGCUAUGGUGGUAUGAAUCAACAACCAAUGGGCAUGGGGAUGGGGAUGGGGAUGAACAACAUGGGCAUGAAUCCAGGCAUGGGGAUGAAUAUGGGAAUGGGACAAAGACCCCAAAUGCAAGGAAUGCCUGGCGGUUAUAACCCUAUGAUGGGAUCUGGAGGCUAUUCUCAACAGCCAUACGGUGGUGGUUAUCGAUGAGAAUGGAUUCCCAUCCCAAAGAAGAGGAGUAAGGAAAUUACAUACAAGGCUGUGAUAUAAGGGUAAAAAUGAGAUGGGAAAAUAGCUAAAACAUUAGAUGUGGGGAAUGGAAUCCCAAAGUAGAAGCAGUAGAGUCGCACAUUUGUGUUGGCAGAUCGGAACCAUGUUUUUUAUUCAUAUAAUUGUCAUUCUUGGUUAAGCUAUUGCAGUGUUUGGGCCAUAAUCACUCCUCCCAUUGAUUACUGGUUUGAGCUGUUGUGAAAUUGUGUGGAUGAUGAUGACCUUUCUCGGCUUUGCAUUUUUUGUCUUAAUAUUCUUCCCUAUAAUAUAUAUAUUUUUUAUGGUAAAAAAAAUAAACUAAUCCUUCAAUUUUAUUGGAAA